CCAUCCUCCUCUCCUCUGUAAUGACAAGCUCUCAUUUCUCUCUCUCUCUUCCUCUCUCUCUCUCUCUCUCCAACUCCUCAGAAACAAUCCUCAUCCUCUAGGACUCUCCCUCAUCGCGCUCCUUCUUCCUUCCUUCACUUUCGCCUAUUUUCCAUAAUUUUUCUCCCCAUCCCUUUCUUUUUACUUUCUCCGAAACCCAUCCUCAACCCUGAACACCUCCAGAGAUGUGAGGAGAUAAUGAGGACCCCCUGCCAGCGCUGCUGACUUGGAAGAUCCGUGCAUCCUCAUCUUUUGCUCUCUCUCUAUCUCUCUCUCUGUCUCUCUUCCUCUCUCUCUCCUUUUUCUCGGAGGUUCAUCUGCCUCUCAACAAUGUAAGCGACGUACUGUCAGUUCAGUGAUGAAGAAGCACACUACUUGGUCCGUUUUCCCCGCAUCUCAUGUGCUCGCUCUUCCAGUCGGAGGGAAGGAAUGAAGGAUUUUGCGCGGAGGCAAAGUUUGAGGGCACCUGCUCACCUGGCCGCCUCUGCCUUUAACUGAUUACCAGGAAGAGAGCAGAACAGCAGAUGAAGAACUUCUGAGCGAGCUGACUGUUGUUCUGGCGUUUCUAGUUAUUUAUUUAUGUAUUAAUUUAUUUGUUUUUCUCGCUUGAGUGGGAUUUGGUCACCUUCUUGGAGGAAUUCGACGUGCGCCACGUUGAAGGAUAUGACUUAGAACAAAGAUGCUGGCGUUGACAGCUGGAGUAAGGUCCGUGACUUGAGUGCUUGUCUCACUUCAGACUAGAAAUUGCCCCAGACGUAGGCGAACAGCCGUCCAAAUGGGAGGAUACCUGGAGGACUGAGGCGGAUUCGGCAGCCGAGAUAAGAUGUGGAUAAAAAGGAGCGCUGCUGCGCGCAGUUCGUCUGCUCUGAGGCCAGGCAGCUGUGUGGGACACUGGGUCUGGAUCCUGCUGGCCAUGACUCACCUCACCUUGGACUUCUCUGUGUGCAGCCCUCUCAGCCCAGGCUUGGGGAUCAAGCUCACACCUAAAUUGGUUGCUCGCUCCUGGCCUCGGUUGCAACCUCUCUGGGAUAUGCCCAACAAGCUUCACUGGAGGACAGUGGGCCCAUUGGCACGUCGUCUCCUCCACCCCGUUCCUCCACCUCAAGAGAACAGGGCAGGGAUGGGGCUAAAAUCCAAAGGUCAAAUGCACCGGAAGUUAGCACAUAGAGGACAAGCGGCAUGUAAGGAUUGCUGGUCCAAAUACUCUCAAACAGAGCCGAGUGAUCCUUUGGCUGGGACAGUAGAAACUCCAGUGGCAUCAAGAGGAAAGUUGUUAAUUAGAGCCAGGAGGCAACUCAAAGGUAACAGCUAUAACAAGCUUCAGGAGGGCCCAAAUGCUACGGUGAAUACUAAGGGGACUACUACGGUGCCUAGUUUCAUAGACUGGGGACCCACAGGGACAGAUAGCAAUGAUGAUGACAGCAAAGGAGAAAUCAAUGAAAAGCUAUCCACCAGGGCCUCACCCAUCACAGUGGCAUCAACUACUAGCACUACUUCAAGGGUCUCCGAAAGGACGUUCACUGUGGUGACCUCAACACAAUCCAAGAGUACCACAAAGUCCUCUAUCAGCAAACCAGAGGCUGCCAAACCACCAAAGCCAUACGGGGACACACCAGGUUUGGCAGUUCACCAGAUUAUCACAAUCACUGUGUCUCUCAUCAUGGUGAUCGCAGCCUUGAUCACAACACUCGUCCUUAAAAACUGCUGUGCGCAGUCUGGAAAUGGCCGCCACAAUAGCCAUCAGAGAAAGAUCCACCAGCAAGAGGAAAGCUGCCAGAACCUGACAGACUUCACGCCGGCCCGCGUGCCCAGCAAGGUGGACAUCUUCACUGCCUACAAUGACAGCCUGCAGUGCUCACAUGAGUGCGUACGGACUGCCGUCCCCAUCUACACCGAUGAGAUGAUCCAGCAGACACCUGUGUACAAGACGGCUUACAAUGGAAACAGGCCCUCCCCCACUGAAAGACAACUGAUUCCUGUGGCCUUUGUGUCGGAGAAAUGGUUUGAGAUCUCUUGUUGACGAGCUGUAGGCUUUCACUCGUUUACUGGGAAAGACUUCAUGAAUCCACGCUCUGGAUCCAGUUGGAAACAAGAAACACACAAAAAACAACUUAUUUUGUAAAAUAGUGUAAUCUCUCCUUGGACACUUGUGAAGAUAUUUAUUUUUCUAGAGAUAACAAGCUGAGCAGCCGUGGAGCUGCUCUUCCAUCUUUCCCGAAAAACAGCAUUCAUUUAG